GGCGGGGCUUGGCGAGACCUGUGGACCUGAGUGCGGGGUCUCUGAGGCCGGAGGAAGGACAUGGCGUCGCACACGGUCGGACCCCGGCUGCGCCGGCUCCUGGCGCCGCCGCUGCUGCUGCUCCCGCUCCUGUUGGUGCUCGGGCCCUGGCAGGUGGCGGGCCACGGCGGCAAAUACUCGCGUGAGCAGAACGAGCCCGAGCGGCCCCCGAAGCGCGAGCCCGGUGGCGAGUUCCGCAUGGAGAAGUUGAACCAGCUGUGGGGGAAGGCCCAGCGGCUGCAGCUGUCUCCCGUGGAGCUGUCCGAGCUGCACGCUGACCUGAAGAUACAAGAGAGGGACGAGUUCGCCUGGAAGAAGCUGAAGGCCGAAGGGUUAGACGAAGACGGGGAGAAGGAGGCGCAGCUGAUCCGGAACCUCAACGUCAUCCUGGCCAAGUACGGCCUGGACGGCAGGAAGGACGCCCGGGCGCUCAGCAGCAACUCCCUCAACGACGGGACCGAGCAGGACAGCUUGGAGGACCCCCGGCUGGAGAAACUGUGGCACAAGGCACAGACCUCGGGGAAGUUCUCCAGGGAAGAGCUGGACAAGCUCUGGCGGGAGUUCCAGCACCACAGGGAGAAGGUCCGGGAGUACAACGUCCUGCUGGAGGCCCUGAGCAGGACGGAAGAGCUCCAGGAGAACGCCAUCAGCCCGUCGGACAUGAGCCGCGGGCAGGAGGAGGCCGGGCUGCACAGCAGGCACGCGGAGCUCCGGGACCGGCUGCGGGGCAUCGACCAGGGCUACGACCGCCUGCGGAGGGUCAGCCACCAGGGCUACGGCGCCGGGGCCGAGUUCGAGGAGCCCCGGGUGCUGGACCUGUGGGACCUGGCCCGGGCCUCCAACUUCACGGAGAAGGAGCUGGAGGCCUUGCGGGAGGAGCUGAAGCACUUCGAGGUGAAGGUCGAGAAGCACAGCCACUUCCAGAAGCAGCUGGAGAUCUCGCACCAGAAGCUGAAGCACGUGGAGCGGCUGGGCGACCCGGAGCACGUCAGCCGCAACCGGGAGCGCUACGCCCUGCUGGAGGAGAAGACCAAGGAGCUGGGCUACAAGGUGAAGAAGCACCUGCAGGACCUGUCCAGCCGGAUCUCGAGAGCGCGCCACAACGAGCUCUGACCCCCGGCCGGGGCCGCACUGCCGGGGGCGUCUGCGUGAACGGGGCGGCGGGAGGCUGCGGCGGCGGCGGACCGGUGUCCUCUGGCCGCAGCAGCGCGGUUUGCGCCUGGAUCGUGCCGCCGCAGGUGCCGCGCCCUGAGGUCCUGCGCUGUCCCCACGUGUGAUUCCCGAGGUCAGCGCCCCGGUGCCGCCUCCGCGGCUGUCCUCGUCUCGUCCCGCCUCUGCCUCCUCCCAGCGUCUCUGUGGCCGGCCCUCGGGCCCCUGGGCCCCCACCCGGCUGAAGGGCCUCCGGCCUCCCCCCACCCCAAACGGGCUCGGCGCUCAGGCCAGCUUGGGGGGGGGCUUAUCCCCCCCGCCGCCUCAAGGAGCCUGCAGGCCCCCGUCUGGCGGGAGUGCCAACCAUCACCCAGGACGGGGCUGUGACCACACGGCAGCUGGCAUGGGGCAGCCGACGCUGCUCCCGGGUUUGAACCCGGAGGGCCUGACCCGUCAGGACCAAGUAGCUGCACUGCGGCCUGGGAAGCCCGUGCCCACUCAUCUGGGGGACGGGGGCCAGGGGCCGCCUGCUGGGGCUUGUGUGCCCGGGUGCCAUGCGUGGGCGCGGGCGGGGGCCACUGCCCGAGGCGGGGGUCUCAUGCAGACCUGGGCCUCCACUGACCCCCGGGUCUGGGUGGGCUGCGGGUUUGUCUCCCCUGCGGCCUCGCGCCCCCUGCUCGUCCUGCAGACUGGCCUCAUUCUGGCACCAGACAGGCCUGGUGGGCUCAGGAGCACAGGGGUGCAGGCGCGGGGUCUCUGCCACGGACCGGCUGCUCGGGGGCCUCUCGCGUCUCCACAUCCGUCUGGGAACCUGCUGCUGCGCUCUGACAGGGAAGCCAAGCCCACUGGGUUGUCUGCAGGGCUGCCCUAGACCGGCUGGUCCCUCCAUGGAGCCGACCGCACAGCAGCCCCGGGUCCCCCGCCCGGCCCAGUCAGGCCGCCCCCCCACCCCCCCCCCGGGAGCCUGGGCACCGUGUGCAGCUGCAGACAGCAGGCUUCGUUCCGUCUCUGGUUCGUCUCCUCCGGGUCCUCACGCCCUGUCCCCUCGGGCCCCCUGUCGGUGGUCCAGCCUCGCCAUCAGCACGACAGCCCCCCUCCCCCGCCCCCACCGAGAGAGGGGACAGCGGCGCGGGCACAUGGCCGCGUCUGCCACAGCCCCCUCAGGUCACCUCCGCAGCGGCCAGCCCUGCCGCUGGCGCCAUGCGGGCCUGGAGUCUCCCUUGUGCCGAGUCUUUGGGUGAAGAACGCAGAUUUAAAAAUAGAUAUGGGCUGUUCAGA